CACAAACAAUCUGAGUUGAGAGAUUUAGCAAUUUCGUGUUUUUUCAUGGAAACCCAUCCCCGAGCUUCCUUUCUUUGACUGCCCAUCUCACUCUUAUUUCUUAAGAAUAAAAUAGAAAACCUUCAUUUGAUCUUUCUUUAAUAUAUCACCAGUGGAAGACAUUGCAGAAACUACUUAAGCCUUCACAUUUCUUUUCCAAAAGGGUAUUCAAAUUUUCAAGCUUUGAAUCCAUCAAAUAACUCGUGGUUUUGAACUUGAAAAAAAAAGAAAAGGAAAGGAAAAAGAAAACUAACAUCUUUGAAUAGAUUUCCAUCUCAGAACACCUUCCAUAUAAUUUCCCAUUCAAUAUAUCCAGUUGAUUUUUAUAAAGAGAAUUCUACGACUGCUGUGCUUACUGUCUUCUCUUCUUCUUUAUUCCUGCUUUUCGGCCACGUCUUUUGAGGAUUUAGUAGACUUUCUUUUCAUUUACGUGCAUAUAUAAAGUGGAGGAGGAGUGGAGAGUCUUACCUAUAUCUCGUUAAACAGGAAACCAUCAAUUUCUCUUGUUCAGUUACAAUACUUUCUUUUGUGGAAGCUCUCAUUCUUGAUAUAAUACAGGUGCUUGAAAAUCUUUAUGGGUUUAUCUCUUUCCUUACUUUACUCAGCCUGGGAAGAAAUCGUUAGACGCAGCUUUCAUUUGGCCUACGACGCUAGUUUAAGUCCUAAGCAUGCUGAUCUUCCCUUAAGAAGAGAUAGCUUCAAGAAAACUGCAGAUACAGAUAUUAUUAUGACCAACUCUCCAAAGUCCAAUACAAGAAGUCGCAAAAAUUCUAUUAACUUGAAGAAUUGCAAGCCUGAAAAUGUAAUGCUUGUCAGGAACUUGUCAUUCAGGGAUUUAGUUGAAGACAGAUGUCUUGAAAAAGAUGGAUCGAUAAAAAAGACAAUAACGACGGCACUUUCCCUUCCUGAACCGGCAAUCCUUUUUUCUCCUAGGCCUGUUAGUGAGCUUGAUGCUGCUGCUGUUAAACUACAGAAGGUUUACAAGAGUUACAGGACUAGAAGAAAUCUUGCGGACUGUGCAGUGGUUGUUGAGGAGCUCUGGUGGAAGGCAUUAGACUUUGCCGCUCUCAAGAGAAGUUCUGUAUCCUUCUUUAAUAUUGAUAAGCCUGAAACUGCUGUUUCAAGGUGGGCAAGGGCUAGGACAAGAGCAGCUAAGGUUGGAAAAGGUUUAUCCAAGGAUGAAAAAGCUCAAAAACUCGCCUUACAACACUGGCUUGAAGCUAUCGAUCCAAGGCAUCGGUAUGGACACAAUUUGCACUUCUACUACGAUGUCUGGUUCAGAAGUGAGAGCACUCAACCUUUCUUCUACUGGUUGGAUGUUGGAGAUGGUAAGGAAGUAAAUCUUGAAAAAUGUCAAAGGACUACUCUUCAACGCCAGUGCAUCAAGUAUCUUGGACCAAAAGAAAGGGAAGCAUAUGAAGUAAUAGUUGAAAAUGGGAAGCUUGUUUAUAGGCAGAGUGGAAAUCUUGUUGAUACAGUUGAAGGUUCAAAAUGGAUAUUUGUGCUUAGCACAACAAGAGCUUUGUAUGUGGGGCAAAAGAAAAAGGGUAUGUUUCAGCACUCUAGUUUUCUAUCUGGUGGCGCCACCACAGCAGCUGGAAGGUUAGUUGCCCACGGUGGGAUUCUUGAGGCUAUUUGGCCAUACAGUGGUCAUUACCACCCAACAGAAGAAAACUUCAGGGAAUUCCUCAGCUUUCUUCGAGAAAACAAUGUCGAUCUUACCAAUGUCAAGAAGUGUGCAAUUGAUGAUGACAGUCCAUUUGUUAUAGCUGAAGAGGAACAAAAACAAGAAUUAAAUGCGGAUUCUGAUGAUACUUGCCAACCGAAUACAGCAAAUAACUCUCAUACAGAUUUGUCUACCAAGGAGACGACAAUAACUGUUAAUAAGGAAGAACAGCAACAGGCCAUUAAAACUAACAAUGGCAGUGCGAAGGCAACUAUUUUUGAGUGGCGGCCUGAACAUUUAACUUGCAACUGGACAACAGGGGCUGGACCCAGGAUUGGGUGUGUUCGAGACUACCCUACAGAGUUGCAAUCAAGGGCAUUGGAACAGGUUAACUUAUCUCCUCGUGUGCCACCUGGGUCUCUUAGCAACUAUGGUCCAAUUCCUUCUCCAAGGCCAAGUCCACAGGUCAGGGUAUCUCCCAGGCUAGCAUACAUGGGACUCCCUAGUCCAAGGACCCGAGUUCCUGCCAACUAAUUUUGGGCAAAUUUGGCCGGAUAACGUUGGAUUGCAGCAAUAAAGUUUUGGAUUUGAAACCCCAGUCACUGUUUGGGGGCAUGGGGGCCAUGGAUAGCAGCGCAGGUCAAUAUUGGGCAGCAGAUGGUGCACUUCUGGUGCUUAUAAUCAUAGGUUUAAUUUAAUAUUAUAUGAAUGGACCAAAGGGACUAACCCAAAUUUUUUUAUUUUUACUUUGUUCAAAUUAUUUCUUCAUUCUUUUAAUAUUUUUUUUUUCUUGCGUUUGAUAUUCUGGCCCCUAUUUUAAUGUUGGGUUUUGUAUAUCUGUAUAAUGUAUACAAGAAAGUUGAGAUAGUACACAUAUACAAUUGUUUCA